AUGGCAUUGGUUCCGUUCCGUGAAUUAGUGGGUGGCCUGCAGUUCCUGGCACAGUGCACUCGGCCCGACAUCGCUUAUGCUGUGAACUCCGUGAGUAGCUUCAGCAGUAAUCCGGGGGAAGCGCACUUGACGGCAGCAAAGAGAAUCUUGCGUUAUCUGAAAGGAACGAAGCUGAUGAAACUGGUUUACGUGAAGCAAAAUGACAAAGAAUUCGAAGGGUUCAGCGAUGCGGAUUGGGGCAACGACCCCGAAUCAAGACGAUCGAUCACUGGUUAUGUAUUCCAGUUUGUUGGUGGAUCGGUGUCGUGGAGCUGUCGCAAACAACCAACCGUUGCGCUCUCUACGACUGAAGCAGAAUAUAUGGCAAUGUCUGCUGCAGCACAAGAAGCGUUGUGGUGGCGAGGAUUCCGGAGCGAAAUAUUCGGAGUUCAUCAACCUGUUCAAAUAAACUGCGACAAUCGCAGUGCAAUAUGCCUAGCUGAAAAGGAAAUUGGGUAUUCACCCCGCAGUAAACACAUCGACUUGUGA